AUGCAUCCUACGUUCCCUUCGCAGACUCUUCCCGAGGUAACAAUGGACAUUCCACGCCAACAGCAGCCAUUGCCGGUGGUUCACAAUGCUUACACACCCAAAGUAAGUAUCUCAUCAUCUUCUGCUGUGUAUCAAGUAAUCCUAACAUAUUCANAGGAAGCAAUCGAGAUCUCGUCUCGAACUGGUGCCUACAAGGCACACAUGCGUAUCGACAAGACCAUCAUCAGCAGUUUCAUGGCCGGUUGUCUUCUUUCUUUUGGAGGAGCCUGUUACAGUGUCAUCAACACCUCUGCCUGGCUAAAUGAGAAUGCUCCUGGAAUUCCUAGAAUGCUCGGAGCUCUGAUCUUCCNNCCCUUCGGUUUGGUUGUCAUUGUCAUGACUGGAGCAGAUCUCUGCACUGGAAGUUUCAUGUACACCAGCUUGGCUGCUCUCCAUCGCCGUACUUCUGUUCUGCUGAUGUUGAGACAUUGGUUGCUCACCUUCUUUGGCAAUCUUGCUGGUGCCCUGUUCGUCACUUGCAUUGUUGUUGGCUAUGGCGGUGUCUUGUCGGCUCCUGUUUAUCGUAAGGAGCUGCUCAAUAUCGCUACGACCAAGGCUGUGACGCCAGAGUGGCACCAGAUCUUCUUGAAGGCUAUCGGUGCCAAUUGGCUAGUUUGUCUCGCAUGUUUCUUGGCUUGCUGUGCCAGGGAGUUCUUCUCCAAAGUGACGGCCAUAUGGUGGCCUGUGUUCGCCUUCGUUUUGCUUGGUCUAGACCAUGUUGUCGCCAACAUGUUUUAUAUCCCCAUGGCUGUUGUACUGACCAUGGCAGNNAUCUUCUUGCACCAUCCCGAUAUCACCGUCGGUUACUACAUCUGGAAAAGCAUGAUCCCUGCCGCCCUCGGCAACAUUGUCGGCGGCAGCGUCUUUGUAGCCUUCGUAUACUGGUACCUUUUCCUCGUCGGUGACACCUCUGAGAUUGUCAUCGAUGGCGACUACUGGGAUGUCCAGAGCCGCUCGUCCGUGACUUCAAUCUCAGAACAAGAGACCACUCAACAUCAAUCGAACAAGGAUGAUGGCAAGAUGGUUUAA